AUGGGGAAGGAGACGGUUCAAAAUGCUGACAUUCCUUGGGAUGUAUUCCAGACAGCUUUCUACAAGAAAUACUUUCCUGAAUCUGUAAGAGAAGCGAGGGAGUUGGAGCUUAUGCAGCUCAAGCAUGGCUCAUUGUCUGUGGCUGAUUACACUAGUCGGUUUGAGGAACUUUGUAGGUUCUCUAGGGUAUGUCAGGGUGCCCUGAAGUCCUAUGAGAGCUGGAAGUGUAUCAAAUACCAAGGAGGCUUGAGGGAUACUAUUAUGACUAUUGUGGCUCCUUUAGAGAUUCGGAUCUUUUUCGAGCUUGUGAAUAAGGCAAGAGGUGUAGAAGAGUAUGUGAAGAAAGUGGCUUCAUCAAGAGAUACUCGUAAGGGAAACAACAACCGUGGGUUAGGAAAGUACUUUCAACCAAGAGCUCAGAACUUCAAGAGAGGAGGACAUGCACCUCAAAGUCAAGGGGGGCUUUAG